AUGAAGCUUAAAAACAUCUCAUCAAUUACACCACAAGCUGAUGAAAGGGCGUCUGGAAAGGGCAAAAGGAGGACCAACAGUACCACAACCACCACUGCUCAAACAGAGGACUCUGUUUUAAUCACGCCGAUUCAUCGGUAUCCGGAUAAGAACGACGAUGUUGCGGAUGAUAUGUCUAUCGAAGGAAAAUGUUGGCCGGAGAAGGAGAUGGCGGUGGUGAUGACAGAUUGUAGAGAGAGAGAGAAAGAGUUCAAGGCUAGGGUUUGCGGUGGUGGUGAAGACAGAGAGAGAGAUCGAGGGAGGAGAGAGAGAGACGGUGAAGGGCGGUGGUGUAGUGGUGACGACGGUGGUUGUGCUCAUAUGAACGUUGAAUGGUGCAACCAAAUUGGUUCUAUCAAGUAUUUGUUCAAAUACAUUAAUAAAGGUCCAGAUAAAACUACUCUUAGAGUGGUAGAAAGUAACAAUAAUGAUGACCAGGAACCUGUUGUGGAUGAAAUAGAAAAAUAUUAUGAUUGCCGAUACAUCUCUACAUGCGAAUCUGCAUGGAAAAUUUUUUCAUAUGACAUUCAUUAUCGAUAUCAUUCAGUAAUGCGUCUGCCUUUUCAUCUUCAUGGUCAACAAAACGUAGUUUAUGGUGCAGAUGAUGACAUUGACAAUGUUCUUAGCAAACCAUCUGUUGCUUCAACUAUCUUCUUAUCUUGGAUGAAGUCUGGUGAAGCUUAUUAUCUAAGAAUAUUGUUGAACAAAGUAAAGGGACCAAAAUCAUUUGAAGAUAUUCGGACUGUAAACGGUCGAUUAUAUCCUACGUUUAGAGAUGCAUGCUAUGCUUAUGGGCUUUUGGAUGAUGACAACGAGUAUGUUGAAGCGAUUAAAGAAGCAAACGUUUAUGGCACCGCUUCUUAUCUACGAACUUUAUUUGGAACAAUGUUGAUGUCUGGUAGUUUGUCUAAACCUGAUUUUGUAUGGGACCAGACAUGGAAAUAUUUAUCAGACGACAUUGUAUACAGACAAGAAAAAGAGUUAGACAUUGAAGAUUUAAAUUACUCUGACGCUCAGAUUAAGAAUUUUGCGUUGUUAGAAAUUGAGAAAUUCUUACUUCGUAACAACUCUUCGCUGAGAAACUUUGCAACAAUGCCGUAUCCAGAUGGCGAAUCUAUUUCUUCAGCUAAUAAUCGUUUGAUUCAUGAAGAGCUAUCUUACGACAAUGUUACUCUGGAAGAUGAGUUACGUUGUAUGUUGGCAGCUUUAACUGACGAACAACGACAUGUUUUUGAUACAUUAUCAUCGUCCAUCCGAAGUAAAGGUGAAAUUGUAUUAAAUGUUGCGUCAAGUGGUAUUGCGUCUUUGCUACUAUCAGGAGGUAGAAUAGCACAUUCUAGAUUUGCCAUUCCUUUGAAUUUAAAUGAGGAUUCUGUUUGCCGCAUGAAACCUGGUACCGAAAUUUCUCAUCUUUUAAAAAAAACUCAGCUUAUUAUUUGGGAUGAAGCUCCAAUGAUUCACAAACAUGCAUUUGAAGCUUUGGAUAGAACCUUAAAAGACAUACUCAUGCCUGCUUCUUCAGAGAACGUAUCUUUGCCAUUCGGAGGAAAGGUAAUUGUUUUUGGCGGUGACUUUAGGCAGAUUCUUCCAGUUGUUCCUAAUGGUUCUAGACAAGACAUUGUUAACGCUUCUUUGAAAUUUGCAAAUUGGCUUUUGGAUAUUGGUGAGGGCAAAGUUGGUGGUCGAAAUGAUGGUGAGGUUGUUAUUGACAUUCCUGAAGAACUCUUGAUUACUGGUUCCAUUGAUCCAGUUGGUAGUUUAAUCAAAUUUGUGUAUCCUUCGAUACUUGAACAUUUCAAAGAUCCUAACUACUUUCUAGAAAGAGCUAUACUCGCGCCGAAGAACGAGAUUGUUCACGAAAUAAAUGAUCUUUUAUUGGCACAGUUUCCUGGUGAACAAAAGGAGUAUGCCGAAUCACAGAUUAGUUUUAAAAGUUGGUAUUCCAAUAAUGCUUUUACGACACCUAGAUCAGAAAAAAUGGUCUAUGCAAUGAUCCUUCCGGAAUUAAUUACUGACUUAGGUGGUAUAGAUGAGUUUUCUGAAAUAAAGAUUAAAGUUGUUGAAGGAAAUACUUGGGUUAAGAGUCUUUGUACGCGGAAUAUUGAUGGUCAAACAAGGCUUGUGAAUGCAUUACUCAUGUAUGCUGUUGUUGGAUGGCAUGAUAUCAUUGAAGCCGAACGUAUUUCAUUAGGUGAUGAUUGUUUUUUCAAUUGGUCAAGAACGACAUCGAAGUUAUUGGUUACGAAGCUCCAGCAAGCAGAAAUGUUAGAGUAA